AUGAAGUCGCUGAACCUCACCGUGAACGGCGCUCCAUUGAAGGGUGCUCGCUACUGCAGGGCCACCUGCACUGGUGACAGAGACCAGUACUGUGGGGGAGAUUAUAAUGUCGUCUCUGUGUAUGACGUUACCAUGUCGUCAUUCACUGGAUUGACAAAGAUCACGUGUCCCAAGCUGAACAUUCCUAAUGGCAGAAUCGUCUACGGCAGCUCUUCCGUAAACAACCUGACUUUCCCAGAGGGCGCUGUCAGCGUGACCUGCAAUGACGGGACCGUCCGCCUGGGCUAUUCUAGACUGACCUGUGUCCAGAAAGAUGACCAGACCGACCCCACGUGGAACAGACCCGCUCCUGUCUGCGAAGUAAUCCCAGGGUACCUGGGCUGCUUCCGAGAACGAUACCCAGAGAUGAAGUUUGAUCCCUCCACAGUGUGGACAACAGACUUCAUGACUGCCACCAAGUGUAUCAAACACUGUAAAGGACUGGAAUACAAUUAUGCAGCUCUGGAGUACGGCAACAUCUGCCACUGUGGUAAUAACGAGCUUCUGUAUGACGCCGGGGCUGCCUCAGUCUGCAACGACAAAUGCAAGGGCAACAGCACCCAGAUCUGCGGAGACUACAAGAAACUCUCCAUCUACCAGCUGAAUGUGAAGGUAACAACUAUUGCCCCAACAACACCAGCACCCACAACCGAGAAGCCAACUCCAGAACCAAUGAAGCAAACAACAGCUAAAGCCACCCCAACCCCCAAAGCGCCAACUCCCUCUCUCAUUUCUAGCACGGAGGAGCCUGGAUCCGGUGAGGGAUCCGGAGAAAUCAUUGAUCUGGGAAUGGGUUCCCUGAUUGGUUAGACAGGGAUGCCAUAAGCUAGACAUAAAUGAUAUGAUAGGUCAUUGGUAUCAGUAGUAUGGUUUGAGAAUUGACAGAAACUGGGCUGUAAGCAAGGUAUCCGACUGAAUAAAAGGUUUUGUAAGAGUUAUUGAUUUGAAA